CUAAGGAUGCGCUAGCUAUAGAAUUCCACAUCGAAGUGCAGAUUAACGAGCAUAAAUGACUCAACAAAGAAGAGCAGAGUUUCUCGUCGGCGGAAGGAGCUAGCUGGCUUCUUUUCCACUACCAGAUGGCUCUGUUAUCCUUGUUCCUCCUCCCAUGGCUGCUGCCGUCUUCCUCCUCCGCAGUAAUAGAUCCGAGUGUACUGGAUCCGUAUUGCAAUGAUGUCCCUUACCCUUUUGGAAUCUAUAAUUACUCUACCCAUUCCGAGAGUUACCCAGGCUUUGAACUCUACUGCAACUACAGCGGCGGCAGCGGCGGCAGUCUCAAAGUCAUGAUCGGGGGCUCCUUGAUCGACGUCAUCGAUAUCUCACUGGAAGGCGGCUACCUGCGCGUGCUCGUCGCCCCCGCCAAAGUGUUUGGCUCCUGCCGCGUCGAAUCAGGAAGACGCGCGGGAGGCGUAGCAAUCGCAGAAGGCGUCGAAGGCGCCGAAGGCGGCCUGCUCGACCUGCAGGGCACCCCCUACACCUACCACUCCACGAACAAAUUCAUGCUGCUUGGCUGCGAUGCGAUGGCCAUAGUCAGGAACCGCAGUGGCCACAUCAUCAGCGGGUGCGUUGCCUUCUGUGUCAGCAACGGCGAUAAGGAAUACGGCCGGAACGACUGCUCCGGCGUCGGGUGCUGCCGGACCGCUUUCCCUUCGGGCCUCCAGUACGCCACCGUGGAUCUGAAAAACAUCCAUAACUUGACAGCAUCUACGGAGUUGGGCAUACAACCGACAGAGGAGUGCAACGAGGCGUUCUUGAUAGACGGGAACGAGUCAUCCUUCGCAGUCCAAAGUAUCAAGAAACCGAUCGUCCUGGACUGGUCCAUAGGAAACAAGUCUUGCGAGGAAGUCCUCACGAAACAUAUUUGCGGCCCGCACGCCCACUGCAACAACUCGUUGGACGGAUUGGGUUAUCAGUGCAAAUGCGAUGGUGGCUACGAAGGCAACCCUUAUCGCAACCCUAAUCCACAUAAAGCACAUGAAGAUGAAGGUUGCCGAGAAAUCGACUCUUGCAAGCAUUACGCGCAGAAUUGUUCGUGGAAAUGCGAAAAUAGAGACAGGUACCCGUACCACCAUUGUGUUUGUCCACCAGGAACCACAGGAGAUGGUAAAAAAGACGGCGAUGGUUGCAAAAGAGACACUUAUAUUGAGAUUGGUUUAGGAACUUCGUUGGCUCUUCUGGUCAUAUCACUAACAAUGGGCUUCUGGGUUUUCUGUGAACUGAAGAAAAGGAAGCAGAGGAAAUUAAAGCAGAAGCAUUUUCUCCAAAAUGGUGGCUUGCUGCUGCGACAGUACGUCUCUGAAAACCAAUUCUUCGCUCGCAUCUUCACCAUCGAGGAACUUGAGCGAGCGACUGAUAAUUUCAACGAGAAAAACGUCGUCGGUCGCGGCGGAUAUGGGACUGUCUACAGAGGAACGGUGCUGCCGGAUGGCGAUGUGGUGGCCAUCAAGAAAUCCAAGUUCGUGGACGAGACCCAAAUCGAACAGUUCAUCAACGAGGUGGUGAUCCUCUCUAAAAUCACCCACAGGAACGUGGUCAAGCUCCUGGGCUGCUGCUUGGAGACGGAUGUACCGCUGUUAGUCUACGAGUUCAUAUCCAACGGCACGCUCUCGCAGCAUCUUCAUGAACAGAGAAUGCCGACUUCCGGCCGGCUGUCAUGGGAAACUCGGUUAAGAAUCGCGACGGAAACGGCACGAGCCCUCGCGUUCUUACACUGCAAGGCCGCCUCCGUUCCGGUCGUCCACAGAGACGUGAAGUCGGCCAACAUACUCUUGGACGAGAAUUGCACGGCGAAGGUGUCGGAUUUCGGAGCUUCGAGGUUGAUCCCGAUGAACCAGACUCAUGUGACGACGCUAGUUCAAGGGACGAUCGGGUACUUGGAUCCGGAAUACUUUCAGACAUGCCAAUUGACGGAGAAGAGCGACGUCUACAGCUUCGGAGUGGUUCUGCUUGAGCUGCUGACGACGGAGAAACCGUUGUCGUCUUCCAGAAUGGGGACGGUGAGAAAUAUGGCUUCGGAUUUCAUGGAGUACAUGGUGGAGAAGGACGGCCGCGUGGGGGUUUUGGAGUUUCUGGAUCGGCAGCUAGUGUGGGAGGCCAGGACGGCGAUGCCUGUUCUGGCGGUGGCGCAGUUGGCCAGGAGAUGCCUGAACUUGAAUGGGGAAGACAGACCGACGAUGACAGAGGUAGCAAUCGAGCUCACCGCGUUGAGGCGGCUGGCGAUGCAGAGCGAGGAGUGGCGGGACCGGCGAAUUAGAAUGAGUCCGCGCCGGUUGACUGCUGUGGAUGAGUUGAUGUUCGACGAGGAGGACCGUCUGCUGUCGUAAAAUUAACGUGUUAGACAUUCAAAAUGAAUAGAACUACUUUGGUAAAUUGUCAUCUUAAAUAACAUAAAUGAAUAAAUCUUAUCUUUUCAAA